UGUUAACUUUUAACAUUUCUAGCCAUCACAUCCUCCAUACUAGGUAGCCCAUUAGAUAGUAAUUUUCCACAAGGUUAGAAGUUGGAGAGAGCUAGUGCUGCAAGAAUGGCGAACCACGAUAGCAACGGGGAAAUGCUAAUGAUCGAGGCUCCGCCGCAGCCCUCGGCUCCCACUUGGCCGGGAUCAUCGAGCGCCGAACUCAUCGACGCCUUGCCGUACAUCGACGGCGACUACGGCAACGCCAGAGUCAAGGAAGAGGUGGACCGUUUGGUCGAGGAAGAGAUGCGUCGGAGCUCCAAGAAGCCUGCUGACUUUCUCAAAGACCUACCUCCUCUGCCCAAGUUCAAUUUCGAGAAUCACCCAAUGAUUGCUAGAGAGUAUGAGCGUGUGAGAGCUGGAAAGCCACCCAUGCCUCUUGACAGGUCAAGGUAUAAUUUAGAACCACCACCUAUGAAUAAAAGGAAUGAUGAAACAGCUUGGAAGCAGACACUUCAGAGAGCUCAAUGCUUGCUACAGUACCAAAUGAUCAGUCUGGAAAAUCUGGACCUGAUGGUCAAAUAUGGUCCAGAUCUCUCAAAGCAGUUCAUUCAACGAUUGGAAGUACUCCUGUCAAGAACGCAAAAAUUAGCUCAGGAACAAAAUGAAAAGAUUGAAACAGUGAACCGUGAAAGAAAAUAUCAUCAGCAAAAUACUGCGUAUGAGCUUAGUGCUUUGGCCAUACAAUGGAAGGAGCUUUGUCAGAAAAAUAUUCAAAUUCAAACUGCAUGUACUACGAUUGAAAAUCAUAUAGAAGAACUGAGGAAAGAAGCAUUGGAGAGAGGCUGGAACCUGGAAGCUGAUUUACAGAAUGGUUCUGUGGUGCAUUCAUAAUGAUCGGGCCAGCAGAUGGUGGUGGAUAUCUAUGGUGUAUAGUGAAUCAGCAACAAGGUUGGAUGUUCAAUAUCUGCAAUGAUAGCUUUAAUUGCUAGAGGAGCAGCGUUUACUAGAUCAUUGAAUCGACCUUCGGAAUAAGAUAUUGAAAAUCUUGAUACAAAUCAAGGAAAUUAUCACACCAAUGGAUUGUUUGAACUAUGAAAUUAGUUUAGUAACAUUAAAAGGGUGGAUCCGGUUCAUGUA